GCGAAGAGAAGAAGGAUAAUUAAGGAGCGUGGGUCUAUUUUGCUCCAUUUAAAUGCGCCGGAAUAGGUGAAAUCCUUAAAUUGACGGUGGCCGUGACAACCGGCGCUACACCGUGUGCUCCAGUAACGCAGGAUGCUGCCCGCGACGGGACUGUUCCGGACCAUCAACUGCCCCUUCUACGAGAAAGAUCUCUGCACCAGGCCCUACUGUCACUUCAAGCACGCCAAAGCGGAAACACCUGUCGCCACCUACAGCGCUACACCGAAGUCGCUCCUCAAUCAAUCGCGGUCCAGUGCAGACCAUGGCGACGACAAUGAUGCUACGGUACGGAAGAAGGCCAAGCUCGAGUACAUUCCCAUGCCUACGAUUGCGCCGAAAUAUGUACCGUCGGCGUUGGCCAAGCAACCACAAACCGCGAGCAAUGGAGGGAAAAGCGAUGAAGCCGAAGCGAACAAGCAAUCAGCCACCGUCCCGUCGAAAGAGGUGAAAGAAACUGACGGUCUCGUAGAUGUACCCACUCCGGUUGAAGAAAAGCCGCCUUCACAACCGCCGCAAGAUGAGAUUACGGAUCAUGACCGUAAUGGGACGAAUGGUGUGGAAUCUAAUAAAUUGGAUUCGGUGAAGGACGAAAAACCUCCAACGGAAGAGAGCAAACCGCAUCGUUCGUCAAAGUCUUCUGCCAAAGACGAGGGCGAACGGAAGAAAGACUCUAGCCAUCGACACAGUUCGAGCACACGCAAAUCAUCAUCUUCAUCUUCCCAUCAUAAAUCAUCUGAAUCGUCUAGCAAAGAGUAUUCUAACAAAGAGCGUUCUACCGCAAGCAAUAGCAGUAGCAGUAGCAAAAGCAGAAGCAGCAGUAGUAGCAGCAAAAGUUCACAUCGUGAUAAGGAUAAGGAAAGCUCGAGGAGCCAUUCUUCGAAGCACUCCUCGGAUAAGGAGAAAGAUCGUCAUCAUGGGUCUUCAGACAAAGAGCGUUCCCAUAGUAGAAGCUCCUCAUCCAAGAGCUCCAAUCACAGUAGCAGUAACCAUAAAAGUAGUAGCAAAAGUAAAGAACAUCAUAAAACAUCCUCAUCGUCGUCGUCAUCAUCGUCCUCGAAAAGGAAACCUUCAUCCGCUCCCGAGACUCCUGCAGCAGCAGAGGAAACGAAAACGGUACACCCGUCGGAAGAUGAGAUCUACCAAGAGCUGGUCAACAAUCCACCGAGUGACAUUGAUAUGGACAGUGACGAUGAUGAUGUGAUGCAGCAGUGUAAAAUGAUUUUUGAAGAAUAUCAACCCGACACACAACCGAACGACGCAAAGGAUGCGGGCAAAAAUGGGCAUCUGGAUUUGGUCGACAUGUUUGCCGAAAACCCUAGCUACGAUGACAAUCGAAAGAAGCGUGUGGCAUACGAGAAGAGUGCCACCACAUCCAAACUGUUGCCAGCGGUUGAGAAAAAAACCAAUCAUAUUCAGAACGCCAUCAAGUCCGUCUACUUGCGACAGGAAAUCGUACGGAAGCAACAGGAAGAGUUGGCGGCUAGAAAGCGAGCUGAAGAAGAAAUGAAGCAACAGAUUGCGGAGGAAACACGCAAAGCAAUGGCAAAAUUGGCCACACCACCGGCCCCGGUGAACGGUAAGCAACUGUCGCCAAUCAGCUCGAGUACUUUCUACAACAAAUCGCCCGAUGCCAGCAUCAGCACUCCUAAAAGUCGAUUCACCCCUGCAGUCAAUGUGCUCGCCUUUCAGAAGGCGAAGGAGAAAAUAGAGGAAUUGCGAAGAAGUCAAUCUGCUGCACGUACUCCAGCCCAGACCGCUUCGAAGGUGGGAACACGGGUAGCGCAUGCAGGAGCGGUCGUCGUAUCCACAAGUGCAAGUCCGGCUGCACAAGCUCCACCAAUCUUAGAACCAACGUCCAGCAAAAUCUCCUAUAACGUCCGUAUGCAGUAUUAUGGGCUGAUGGUAAAGCACUGUUUGAAUAUCUAUCCCAACUGUGAUGACGCCUGGGAUCGAGCGCAAACAGAAGAGCUGGCGGUGAUGAAAAAGUGUAGCACGGCCAUGAUCUACAAGAGCAGUGCUCUGUUGACGAUCAACAAGCUACGCAAGGAAGCGGUAGAGACGGGCAGUGCGUCAGCAGAGAAGAACAAAACCGUAUCUCAUGAUGUUAUACUGGCGGGCAAAAUGGUGAACAAUAUCUCCUGGAGUGUAAACAAGAAGUUGAAAACGGAAGUCAAAACUUCUGCGUACACCAUUGAUAAUGCACCAGGGACGGUCGCGUACAAGAUGAUUUACGAAUGCAUCCUUACCGAGGAACAACUCCGUUCGAACGGAUUCCCGCGGCCCACCGAGGUAGCGGGGAAGGCGAAGAUGUACACUGCCAAACCAUCGCGACCCCCCAACGAAACCGAACGGUACUGUUCCCGGUGCUCGAAGGUAUUCAAUGUAGAGCUGUACGACGAGCCACAGGUGGAUGCCUGUAACUAUCAUCCAAAGAGUACUUGCUACCGUCGUGGUUUCGCCGACAAUUUGCACAACUGUUGCCAACAACCGUCCGGGACGCCGGGCUGCAUGUACGCAAACUAUCACGUCUCCAGUUACAUGGACUACGACAACUUGACUGGGUUCGUGAAGACAAUCGACCCUCCGGAGGACUAUGAACCGUCGAAGCGCGAUGUAUUCGCACUCGACUGCGAGAUGUGCUACACGACUGGCGGACUCGAGCUAACCCGUGUCACGGUCGUCGAUAUCAAUGAGAAGACUGUCUACGAUACACUCGUGAAACCGUUGAACCGAAUUGUGGACUACAACACACGAUUCUCAGGCAUCACGGAAGAGAUGCUGCAGAAGACAUCGACUACGUUGUGCAACGUACAGGCCGUGUUAUUGUCAAUGUUCAAUUCCGAAACGAUUCUGAUCGGACACAGCUUGGAGAGCGAUUUUAAAGCUCUGAAACUGAUACACGAUGUCGUCGUCGAUACGUCCGUGCUGUACCCGCACAAGAUGGGACCACCGAAGAAGCGCGCGCUCAAGACGCUCUGCAUCGAGAACCUGAAGAAAAUUAUUCAAGAAAAUGAUGCUGGCCACGACAGUGCGGAAGACUCGGUCGUCUGCAUACAGCUGAUCAAACACUACUUACGGAAUCGUAUCUUGUAGUUAGCGUAGUCCAAAUUUAAGAAACAAAUCCUUCAAAGCCUGUUAAUCAAAUGCCAGUAUCACCCCAUCACCGGACAAUAUCUGGACCUCACGCUCAUGUCACCUCACGGUUAUUUAUUAAAACAAACUCUGUUAUACAUUAUGCUUAACGACAGCGAAACACUCAUAAAUGGACAUCCCACUGAAUGCCUUAUUUAAAGCGCGCUCAUCCAUGGGGCUUUCGGAUCCAUUGGCAACCCAGCGCUAUCCCACUCAUCAGGAUGAUACAAUAAAGAUCAA